AUGGCCAUGUCGAUCUCCUUCGCCGCCGCCGCAACCACCACCCCGUUGAGGACCCCUUUCGCCCCCCAGAUCUCCGCCUUCCCCGCCACGCUCUCGUGUCCGUUCUCCCCCGCCCGGAAGCCGAUCUCCGUCACCUGCUCCUCCACCGCGCUCCAUACCCCGCCGCCCGCCGCCUCCUCCUCUUCCUCCGCGGACCGCGUCUUCAACUUCGCCGCCGGCCCCGCCACCCUCCCGGAGAACGUCCUCCUCCGCGCCCAGUCCGAGCUCUACAACUGGCGCGGCUCCGGCAUGUCCGUCAUGGAGAUGAGCCACCGCGGCAAGGAGUUUCUAUCCAUCAUCCAGAAGGCCGAAUGGGACCUUCGCUCCCUCCUCGCAGUCCCGCCGGAGUAUUCCGUCCUCUUCCUCCAGGGCGGCGCCACCACCCAGUUCGCCGCCGUCCCUCUCAACCUCUGCAAGCCGGGCGACGCCGUCGACUACGUCGUCACCGGAUCCUGGAGCGACAAGGCCUUCAAGGAGGCCGCCAAGUACUGCAACCCUAGAUCCAUCUGGAGCGGCAAAUCCGACAAGUACACCAAGAUCCCGAGCUUCCACGCCCUCGACCAAACCCCCGGCGCCCGAUACCUCCACAUCUGCGCCAACGAAACCAUCCACGGCGUCGAAUUCAAGGAUUACCCCAUCCCCGCCGGCGAGAACGAGGUCCUCGUCGCCGACAUGUCCUCCAAUUUCUGCUCCAAACCCGUCGACGUCACCAAAUUCGGCCUGAUCUACGCAGGGGCACAGAAAAACGUCGGCCCCUCGGGCGUCACCAUCGUGAUCGUCCGAUCAGAUCUGAUCGGAAACUCCCAGCCGGCAACCCCCGUGAUGCUCGACUACAAGAUCCACGCGGACAACAACUCUCUGUACAACACGCCCCCGUGCUACGGAAUCUACAUGUGCGGGCUCGUUUUCGAGGACCUCUUGGCCCAAGGCGGGCUGGCCGAGGUCGAGAGGAAGAACGCAAAGAAGGCGGGCAUCUUGUACGACGCCAUUGACGGCAGCAAGGGGUUUUACAGGUGCCCUGUGGAGAAGGAGGUGAGGUCGUUGAUGAAUGUGCCGUUUACACUGGCUAAGCCCGAGCUGGAGGCCGAGUUUGUGAAGAUGGCAGCCAAGGAGAAUAUGGUGCAGCUCAAGGGGCACAGGUCGGUCGGGGGCAUGAGAGCCUCCAUCUACAAUGCCAUGCCGCUCGCCGGAGUGGAGAAGCUGGUGGCCUUCAUGAAGGAUUUUCAGGCCAGGCAUGACGGUUAA